AUGGAAAUAGAUAUUUCGAGGGGAAACGCAAACGAAGUGCUACACGCCUCCUCCUUCUCCACUCUCCCAUCCUAUCUCCGGGCACUCUCCGACACCCCCAACCGCCUCUUCCUCCGCGCCUUCUCUGCCUCCACCUCAUCCGAUGAGAUCGCCAGGUCCCGCUCCGGAUCCACUCUCAAACGCACCCUCCGCUGGUACGACCUCGUCGGACUCGGCCUCGGCGGCAUGGUCGGCGCCGGCGUCUUCGUCACCACCGGCCACGCCGCCCGCCUCCUCGCCGGCCCCUCCGUCGUCCUCUCCUACGCCAUCGCCGGCUUCUGCGCCCUCCUCUCCGCCCUCUGCUACACCGAAUUCGCCGUGGACAUGCCCGUCGCCGGCGGCGCCUUCAGUUACAUCCGCGUCACCCUCGGGGAGUUCCCGGCCUUCCUCGCCGGCGCCAACCUGAUCGCCGAGUACGUCCUGUCCAACGCCGCCGUCGCCAGGGGCUUCACGGCCUACCUCGGUACCGCGCUCGGCCUCCCCGGCCCGACCCGCUUGAGAAUCACGAUCCGCACCCUGCCCGACGGUUACAACCAGAUGGACCCAAUCGCGGUCGCCCUAAUCCUGCUGCUCACCCUCGUAAUCUGCUACAGGUGCAAAUAA